UGUAAAAACUUUCUAAAUUAUAUCCCUCCAGAAUAUACUCUCAUCAUCUCCCAAAUACCUGGGAAAAUCCAUUUUCUGAAUCAAAUCAAUUUCUUCAAAAUGGAUCUUUUUUCACUCUCAUCUUCCCAAAACCUCCACUUUCACCGCCUCACUUUUCAUACAACUUCACCCGUUUCUCUCAGACUCCCCCAUCCAUUUUUCACUUUUAACAAUAAUAAUAAUCCAACAAAAAUUCACCACAGUAAUUCGUUAACCACCCGCGGUAAUUACUCGAUCAGAGCUCAGAUAUCGGAUCACAAGAAUAUAAUAGUUAAUGAUGACGAUGACGACGGUUUUGUUAUUGAAGACGUUCCUCAUUUAACUAAUUUCCUUCAUGAUUUACCUACCUAUCCAAACCCGUUAAAGCACAGUCAAGCCUAUGCUAUAGUUAAGGAUACUUUUGUUAAUCCAGAAGAUGUUUUAGCUCAACAAAUAGUUGUUCAGAAAGGCAGUCCGAGAGGAGUGCACUUUCGGCGUGCUGGACCUAGGGAAAAGGUUUAUUUCAAGCCAGAGGAAGUGCGAGCUUGUAUUGUUACAUGUGGUGGUUUGUGUCCAGGGAUCAACACGGUGAUCAGGGAGAUUGUAUGUGGCUUGAAUUAUAUGUAUGGUGUUAAUAAUGUACUUGGAAUUGAGGGAGGGUAUAGGGGCUUCUACUCAAAAAAUACCAUGGAACUAACUCCAAAAAGUGUUAACGAUAUCCAUAAACGGGGUGGCACCAUUCUUCAAACUUCAAGAGGAGGUCAUGAUACCAACAAAAUAGUUGAUAACAUCCAGGACCGUGGAAUAAAUCAGGUGUACAUAAUUGGAGGUGAUGGCACCCAAAAGGGUGCAGCUGCCAUCUACAAGGAAGUUGAAAAGCGCCACCUUCCAGUGGCAGUAGCUGGGAUCCCAAAGACUAUUGAUAAUGAUAUUGCCGUGAUAGACAAAUCGUUUGGAUUUGAUACCGCUGUUGAGGAAGCUCAGAGGGCAAUAAAUGCUGCCCAUGUGGAGGUGGAGAGUGUUGAAAAUGGAGUUGGUAUAGUGAAACUUAUGGGUCGAUACAGCGGAUUCAUUGCGAUGUUUGCUACACUGGCAAGUCGAGAUGUGGAUUGUUGCUUGAUUCCAGAGUCUCCAUUCUAUCUGGAAGGGAAGGGUGGUCUUUAUGAAUUUGUUCAGCAGAGACUCAAGGAAAAUAGGCACGUGGUAAUUGUGGUGGCAGAAGGUGCGGGUCAGGAAUAUGUUUCAAAAAGUAUGAAUGCAACUGAGGAGAAAGAUGCAUCUGGAAAUAAGCUUCUUAAUGAUAUUGGUCUAUGGUUAACUCAGAAACUGAAGGACCAUUUUACAACAGUGAAGAAAAUGCCCAUAAACAUGAAAUAUAUUGAUCCAACAUACAUGAUCCGAGCUGUUCCAAGUAAUGCAUCAGAUAAUAUUUAUUGCACUCUUCUUGCUCAGAGUGCAAUCCACGGGGCCAUGGCAGGAUACUCUGGUUUUACAGUUGGACCUGUUAACAGCAGACAUGCAUAUAUUCCAAUUUGGCGUGUGACCGAGGCUACAAAUGUUGUCAAACUGACGGACAGAAUGUGGGCUCGGCUUCUUGCUUCUACUAAUCAACCCAGUUUCUUGAACAAAGACGAAUAGUUUUGAUCCCGAUCCUCAUUCUUUACUUGCAAUCAUUUGGUGGUCUUUACAUGAGGUGGCAAGUCAUUUGGACCUUUCACAAUACUUGUGUUUCCUAGAUGAAUCACAUAAAGAAGUUAGCUUUUUCAUUAUAUAAUUUCCCAGGUUUUAUUAACUUUCAAUUAUUUUUAGAUCCCAGAUUAGUAACUUUUCAUAUAUGCUAGUCCACGUAGCAAACAUGCAGUUGCCAUGUUUCUGUUUUACAUUAAUUUAUUUAUCAUCAGGUUAUACAA